UGCCAGGAGCAGAGAGGGGCGCGGUUCUCAAGCUGAGAGUCCCCUGCUUUAGCCCAAGUGGGGAGGAAGGCAGCAUCGCCAUGGUGACGGAGCAGGAGGUGGAGGCAGUGGGGCAGACACUGGUUGACCCCCAGCAGCCCCUGCAGGCCCGCUUCCGGGCACUGUUCACACUGCGUGGGCUCGGGGGCCCAGUGGCCAUUGCCUGGAUUAGCCGGGCCUUCGAUGAUGACUCAGCCCUGCUCAAGCAUGAGCUGGCCUACUGCCUGGGCCAAAUGCAGGACCGGCGGGCCAUCCCCGUGCUGCUGGACGUGCUGCGGGACACCCAGCAGGAGCCCAUGGUGCGCCACGAGGCAGGGGAGGCUCUGGGGGCCAUUGGGGACCCAGAGGUGCUGGAGAUCCUGAAGCAGUACUCUACUGACCCUGUUGUCGAGGUGGCCGAGACAUGCCAGCUGGCUGUCCGGCGGCUGGAGUGGCUGCAGCAGCACAGGGGGGAGUCAGCGGUCCGGGGGCCCUACCUGUCUGUGGACCCGGCCCCGCCCGCUGAGGAGCGCGACCUGGGGCGGCUGCGGGAGGCGCUGCUGGACGAGGCCCGGCCACUGUUCGACCGAUACCGAGCCAUGUUCGCCCUGCGCAACGCAGGAGGCAAGGAGGCCGCCCUGGCACUGGCCGAAGGCCUGCGCUGCGGCAGCGCCCUCUUCCGCCAUGAGAUCGGCUACGUUCUGGGCCAAAUGCAGCAGGAGGCGGCAGUGCCCCAGCUGGCGGCGGCCCUGGCGCGGCUCACCGAGAGCCCCAUGGUACGACAUGAGUGCGCCGAGGCCCUGGGGGCCAUCGCCCGGCCUGCCUGCCUGGCCGCCCUGCGGGCCCACGUGGCCGACCCUGAGCGUGUGGUGCGGGAGAGCUGCGAGGUGGCCCUGGACAUGUAUGAGCACGAGACUGGGUCGACCUUCCAGUAUGCGGACGGCCUGGAGCGGCUGCGCUCACCCCUCUCCUAGGGCCUCCUCCCGGCCGUCUCCCAUCUUGGACUCGGCGCAUAAACCGUGUUGGAGUGAAUCAGAUCUUGCUUCCCUGUCUCCUGGCCCCUUUUGCAUCUUGAUUGCAGGCUCCCAGGGGCCACGCUGAAGUCACUUCUGCUGCUGAGCACGAGGCGGGGGGACCGAGGGGUUGUGGGAACAGAGCUGUGUUCUGGGGGGUCAGGGUGCGGUGGCCCAGCUUCUCUAGGAAUGGAAGGGUGCAGGGAAGGCACUGUGGGGAAACCCAGGCCCCCAGGGUUGAGGGUGUUGGAGCUGUCCUUUGUGGGGUGGGGAGGUGGUCCCUGGGUGGGGUGGGAUGGCUUGGAGCUAAGGGCUUAGGGAGGGCAAGCAGGUCCCAGGGACACAGCCUAGAUGGACUAUUAAAUUAUUUUUCCAAG